AUGGCGGUUCCUCCCUCGUCUGUCGGUGCGCGGUUCCGGCAACGGAAGAUCUCCGUCAAACAAACCCUCCAGAUCCUCCGGCAAAGCGAGGUCCCGGAUCUCGAAAAAGAGGACCAGCAGCGGGAGCUCCAGCACGUGGAAACCGGGGUCGAGAAGCAUGAAGAGACCGAAGUCCAUUUGCAGCGGAUCAUGGCCAGUCAAAUGAUUGGUGAUGUUGCCAACCCUCCUAAAAAGCUGGAUAAGCCAAAGAAAAAACAACAACUACAGGAAGAGGCAGAUAGUAAUAAAUAUUUCAUCCCCACCCCCGAUGCGUCAAAGUUAUGGAAGGAUGCUAAACAAUAUUAUACCGGGCAUUAUAAACUACCCAACACUUACCUUAAAACCUCGGCCACCGUCGAGGAUACUGAAGGUAUCCAUUAUUGUAUGGAUGAGCAAGAUGAUGAGUUUCUUAAACAAUUCAACGAAAAUCAUCACAAUAAUAAUAAUAAUAAUAGUAAAUCCAAACCACUACUGGAAGACGAAUUCGAAUUGAUUGUCGACACUUAUGAAACCAUCAUCGAUGAAAAACAGCCGUUCAUCACCAUUGACCCUACAGAAAUCAUGAGCUUUGACCGGAUCAAAGAAUAUGCUUUAUCUCCGAACCCUACUUCGAAAGCUGCGGUGAAAAAAUCGUUAAAGGAAGAAUUGCACGUCAAAAGUUUUAUCACCGUCCUCGAUCCCGAAAACGAGACGGCUCGGGAGAAAACUAUUCGGUCAUUAGAAGUAUUGUUGAAAGAGUUUGGCCAACCGGUGUAUGAUUAUUGGAAAGACCGUCGGAUUUCGCGAGGCGGUAAACCAAUCUUACCCCCGUUAAAAUUCGAAGACCCAGCCGAUAAAAAUAAUGAUGAUGAUCCUUAUGUUUGUUUUAGAAGAAGAGAAUUCAGACAGCAGCGGAAAACUAGAAAAACUGACUUACAAAGUGCAGAAAAACUCCGAAGAUUGCAUAUGGAAUUGAAGAGUGUGAAAAUGUUGGUAUCGCUUGUAUCUCAGCGAGAAUUAAAACGACAAGAAUCUUUAAAAUUGGAAAAGAAAGUGUUUGAGGACCGGUGUAAAGUCAAAUCACUUAAACGUGAAUUGGGAAUCAAGGGUGAAGAAGAAGAUUUGGUACAACAUAAAAAGAAGAAGAUUAUUGUUCCCCCACCAUCGAUUCAACCCAAAGAAGAAGAUAAUAAACGUGAAAAACUCAAUAAAUUGUCAAAAUCAUUGUCCUCAACAUCAUCAUCGAACAUCAACAACUCCAACAACAACAAUAAUAACAAUACUGCAGCUACUGCCAAGACCCAAGACGUCGCCAUUGAUGACCAUCGGAAACGUCAAUCGUCUACCCAUAUCACUGCCCAACCUUACGUUAAAUUACCAGCGUCCAAGAUCCCAGAUAUCGAAUUGGAGACCGUUAAUAGGGUGCUCACCAAUAAGAAUAACUCGAUCGAGCGAUUGGUCAAUGAAAAGCUCCGGCAGCGGCAAAUGUUGGAAAACAAUGCCGAUUGGAUUAAUCUUACCGAUGACUCGUUGAAUCCAUUCUUUGAAUUAUCGGGUACCAAUGUCGAUAUUAAAGAAUACAGUCAUUUACCAUAUAGUUCGAUCGUCUCGAGUUUAUACGAAGUUCGGACCACCAAUUACCUUGGACAACAACCCCGGUACAAUUUCUCCAAGGGCCGGUACGAAGAUGGAACCAUUGGGUUAUUUGAUGGUGUCGAUGGGAAACCCAUCCAUAAUGAGAAAUUGCAUAGUUUGUUGGAUAUCGUUAAUGAAGAAGAUCAUCAACAUCAUCAACAUCGCCAGCCUACUGACCCAAUCAAGCUUGAAUAUUAUAGCCCGUAUGACAAAGAUCUCCAACCCAACGUUUCGGAUGUGCGGUUUAGAUUACGGAAAAGAAUUGGUCGGGGUGGUAGAGUGAUGGUUGAUCGACGGGGGUUAAUUAAGAAAUCUGAUUUUCAAUUGAGUGAUUUCAUUGAUGGAUUAGAAGAUGACCUGGCGACUGCUUUAUCCAACGAUACUGAUGGAGAAGUGCUGACCACGGUUGGUCAAGAAGUGUUAUUGGCCGAAAAGAUCAAGCUGGAGAACGGAUGUGACGUGUAUGAUUCGCAAGUCGAUGAAUACUUGCGCCAUGACUCUCGCUGGCGGUUUGAUUCUGAUUUCUCCGAGCUGAUGAAGGCGAGAGUAUCGCCGUUUGGGGUCGAUCCAUCGAAACUCAAUUGUAUUUCCAACGAUACUCAACUGAUACGGUUUGGGUCAAUGUUGUUAUCCAAAGCGUAUGAUUCUUUUAGGGAUGCCCAGUAUCAGCGGCAACAAAUGUUGAUGCAAACGAGAAAGAAAUGGCAACUCAUGCAACAGCAGCGGCUUCAACAACGUCAAGCUCAACAAAAUGGAGAGAAGAAUAAUAAUAAUAAUAACAUUAUCAACAAUAAUAGCGCCGCUACCACUACCACCACCACCGCCACCAAGAAUAAUAACACCACCACUAAUAAUAAUAAUAAUGAAAGUUCCAUUGCCAAUGGACUUAGCAAUGAGAAUUCAGGCGGAGAUGAGCCUGCCCUGGGGACUGCUGUUGCAAAUCCUAUGGUUUCCACUACUGUCACUUGA